ACAGUUCAUGAUACACUAGACCAGACAGUUCAUGAUACUUUAGACCAGACAGACUUUGAAUUUGAAAGUUAUGCUGGGUCAGUGUUUGCAGCUCUUCGUCAGGCUGUGGGAUUGGAUGAACACAACUAUUUCGACACUGUGGCCUGCAGCAGUAAACCAUAUUUGGAAUUCAGGAGCAACUCAAAGAGUGGCCAAGACUUCUUUCUAAGUCAUGACAUGCAGUAUAUAUUCAAGUCAAACAGAAAAAGAGAUAUCCAAUUCUUUCUAUCAAUUCUACCGAGGUACUUGCAGCACUUUAUUGACUACCCUCACUCUUUGCUGGUGAAGUUUGUUGGAUGCUACACAAUCAAGCUCAAAGGGAAUAUAUUUUACCCUGCAGACAGGAUAGAGAGUAGGUUUGACAUCAAAGGUUGCACAGCAGGAAGGUUUCAGCAGCCAGUGGACCCAGGCUCUCAGGAGAUCACAGUUCUCAAGGACAAGAACUUUCUCAAUGAGGAACUGAACUUUG